AAACAAACACAUCAACAUUAUAUAAGCCUUUGUUUCAGACAACUUUUCCUGCACUCCUCGUCCUUUUCCUUCCUUCAACAAAGGGAAGUAGCAGGAUCGAAACCCAAGAAAUGGGUUUCUGGUCACCAACUCUGUUACUAUGUCUCUUUGUUUCGUUUUCCCACCAAACAAAAGCUGAAGAAUUGGACCUCUUCUUGAAUGCAACCAUUUCAAGCUCAAGCAGUGGCAGAAAGCUCUUAGGAAGAUGCAACUGGUUCCGUGGCAAAUGGGUCUACGACUCUUCAUACCCUCUCUACGACCCUUCUACUUGUCCUUUCAUAGAUCCACAAUUCAACUGCCAAAAGUACGGUCGCCCUGACACACAGUAUCAGAAGUAUAGAUGGCAACCCUUCUCUUGUUCUUUACCAAGGUUCAAUGCAUUGGAUUUUCUGGCUAAGUAUAGGGGCAAGAAGAUUAUGUUUGUUGGUGACUCUUUGAGCUUAAACCAGUUCAAUUCACUGGCUUGUAUGAUUCACUCUUGGGUUCCAAAAACAAGGACCACGUUCACAAAGCAAGAUGCGAUUUCCAAAGUCACAUUCGAGGACUAUGGCCUCCAGUUAUUAUUAUACCGCACACCAUACUUGGUAGAUCUUGACCGUGAGAGUGUUGGAAGGGUUCUAAAACUCGACUCAAUAAAGAGUGGUGAUGCUUGGAGAGGGAUGGACGUGCUAGUCUUCAACACGUGGCACUGGUGGACCCACACUGGGAGUUCACAGCCGUGGGAUUAUAUUCAAGAGCGUAACAAGUUGUACAAAGACAUGAACCGUUUCAUUGCAUUCUACAAAGGUUUGACUACAUGGGCUAGAUGGGUUAACAUCAAUGUUAAUCCAACCCAAACCAAAGUCUUCUUUUUAGGAAUUUCUCCGGUUCAUUAUGAGGGGAAAGAUUGGAAUCAACCAGCAAAAUCAUGCAUGAGUGAGACGCAACCAUUCUUUGGUUUGAAGUACCCUGCAGGGACACCUAUGGCUUGGGUGGUGGUGAACAAGGUUUUGAGUAGGAUAAAGAGGCCAGUGUAUUUCCUAGAUGUGACUACGCUCUCACAGUACAGGAAAGAUGCACAUCCUGAAGGAUACAGUGGGAUUAUGGCAACAGAUUGCAGCCAUUGGUGUCUUCCAGGACUUCCUGAUACUUGGAAUGUGCUUCUGCAUGCAGCUCUUUUUGGUUGAAUGAAGCAGUGACUUAGUAACUUUGUUUAUUAGGUCCAAUUUAUUAGAGGGAAAACCCAUUGUUUUCUAAUGUAGGAAAUAUUUAAUUUGGCAUUUUUCUUCUUGGAAUUUGGACAAUAAAAAAUUUGAUGCUCCUAAUUGUAAAUUUUCAUAUUAUUUUGGCAUAAACAUGCCUUGAUUGUACCAAAUAGCCCAUUUGGAAUAUUGAAUAGCAUUUGCAAUGAAGUUUCUUAUG